AACAACUUUUUUAUCGGAAUGUGCCUAUCGAUAAAAUUUCGACAUCGAUAUAAUUAUUUAAUAUUAAUUUUUUUAAUUCAUUUAUUGCGUCCAUUUAAGCAGAAUAAAAUUUUAUCUGUUUAAAUACGUUUUCCAAUAUAUGUCCCGCAAUGUUCAGUCACUUAUUUAUAGGAUGGAGUCACAUAUGUCAUCGUAUACUAAAGUUCAUUAAAUGUCUCAGCACUUCCGGAAUGAAGGAUUAUAGAUAUUUUCGGUCGAGCGCACCGCGCCCCCGUGAGUUCGUUACAGUUCAGAUUUUUAUCUGAGCUUGACAUUUGCGAAAGAUUAAGUAUAUAGCUCGUAUAUACUAAAUCAAUAAAUAAAAAUGUAAUUGUAGUUAUAUAACAGAUAAGAUGAAAGUCCGACCGAAAAAUUAUGCUUGAUUAUUUGAGAUUAGCAGCCAAAUGCUUUGACGUUGAUGAAUUUCAAUGUAAAGAGAAAUUUUGAAAGUUCAAACGGUAUUCAAACGCAACGUGUAACUUGUUUUGCGGCCAUUAUACUACCUGCCAUAAACAUAUCAGCCGCUUACACAAAGGUAUCGUCUAUUAUAAUAAAUGAACGUUUUUACAAAGCAAUUAAGUAUAUGGCAAUUGUCGAUAUUAGCCUCCGAAUGAUUUCAUUUCACCAUUUCUUGUCACUUAGAGACAAAGUAUAACUUCCCGCAAUUUUAUAUAAACGUUUACGUCAUAGUAAUUGUAAAUGGCAUUCCAUCCAAGUUUGUUAUGAGAAUAGAAAAUAAUUAAUAUAAUAGAACGCAUGCGUCUUUGUUUUAAUAAUUUUCUGUUUCAACUUCCUAUUAUAAUCCUUCAAUUUGCCUGAAAAGUAAAACUCGACAUGUCCGUGAUCAAAGAGAACUCCUAACAGUCAAUAAAAGUUCUACCCGGUUUUCAUUUCGCACUGGCACAAUUUUUGUUUGACGAACAAAUACAUGGAUCAAUGUGGUUCAACAAAAAAGAUUCAACUAAGUAAAACAAAGUUUCCUUUUCCUAAAUGUUAGUUUCACGAUUGCUGCUUAAACAUAUGUUUAUCUUCUAUCGAUACGUGCAGUGCAACGUGAACAAUUAUCGAGAUUAAAGGUCGAGAUUAACGGAUUAACUGUUCAAUGAGUUUAAUUAACUCGCGUAGGGAAAACAACGUGAAACGUAACCUUGAGCAUUUGAUAAGCACCGAUUAAUUGUUUGCGACAAAGUUAAUCGUCUAAUUAAUCGCGUUGGAACGAGGGGAGAAACAAUAUGGUACUAUCGACGCGCUCGCGUCUAAAAACGUCCCGUGUCCUUGCACCAUUAAUAUUUAUAACAGCGUUAUCAUCAAACUUCAUCAUCGUUUGUCCAUCGAGGGUCUCAAAUGCGCGGCCGUCACAAAGAGAAAUCCUAAAACAACGUCCCUGUCCACCCCGUAGUUCGUGUCGCCGCCACCACUGGCCGGCAAGCAAGCACAGGCAGGCGGCAGGCGGCAGGCAGGCAGGCAGGCAGGCAGGCAGGCAGGCAGGCAGGCAAGCAGACAGGCCAGGGGUGCAGGAACGAGCGGGGUCGACCCUGCGCGCAGCCUCCCCAGUCCACCCCGAAGAUUCAGUCGUCGUGCGGCAGAGGAGGGCCGAGGAGCGCCCGGUCGAAGCGCCGAGGUCCUCUCUCCACACUCUCUUCGCCUCCUAUCUCCACACGCGUAUCUCUUUUUAUCCGCCUCGCGUUCUCUCUCCGUCUGGACCAGACUGAAAACGACCGGCUCCCUCUAUCACAAGCACAUACACUUUCUCUCACUCUUUGUCUCUCCCUUUCUCUCUUUAUCUCCCUCCGCGAGUCGCGAGUGAAAACGAGCCGGGCAGCGCCGCGCCGACCUUCACCAUUUUGGUACACGCAGCAGCACGCGACGGAGUACGGCCGUGAGGCCGUGUAUCCGUCCUCGCCGAUCCCUCGCCUGACGAGGGAAAAUCCGCGGAAAGAGGAGCUCACCGAAUUUUGACGGAAUGCGCGCGGGGCGGCCGGUCCGCUGCGUGGAUUUCGUGAAACGAAACGACGGCGACGCCGGUCUGGGGGUUGCUAGCCUCCCUCAACUCCGCCUCUCAUUCCUGUCACUCUAUUCGUUUCUCGCUCGCUCUCUCCCUCUCUCCACUACGAAGGGUGGGUGGUGAUACGCCGGUGGCAGUGGCGGCAGUAGUGUGUGGAUGCUUGUACCGGUGGGUGCUCUCUAGCGUGGGGUAGUAGUGGUUCCUAGUGUUGGUGAUGAUGGUGGUAGUGGUGGUGGUGGUGGUGGUUUAAAUUUCAGCCGCGUGCACGGGUUCACCUACGUGAGCCAUUACACGGGUCCUCGGCUUUCUCGCCGACUGGGGGAGGCUAUACGAGCGGUCACGGUCCACGGACGCAAAUUCUGCCCACCUUCGUCCACGUAUAUUCCUUUCUCUCCUCGGCAUCUUCCUCAUCGUCGUCGUCGUCGUCGUCGUCGUCGUCGUUGUCGUCGUCGUCGUCGUCGUCACCGUCGUCGUCGUCGUCACCGUCGUCGUCGUCGUCACCGUCGUCGUCGUCGUCGUCGUCCUCGUCUCCUCAUACACACCUCCGGUGUGCUGACGCUCGACGCGCCGGCUUGCUGUAUGUACGUACACGCCGAGGCUUCGCUCGUUCAUCUCGACCCGAAAUUCGCGGUGCGUUCGAUCCCUACGUGCCGCCGCUUACACAGUACACGGCCGAGCGUAAUACGUGUAUGCGCGUGCUUUGUUGAAAGGAUGCAUCGGACGGCUGCUGCGCUGCCCUCGUCCGUCGUCUCGUACUGAUUGCCGAGAUUCGAGCGAGUCGGCGGUGGUGCAACCGGCGGUGGUGGAACGAGAGACCGAAGGGAAUACGUGCAACGAAAUGCCAGCCUUCGCACCGUUCGCGCCACAUUCAGGGAGAUACGUCACCCCGCGAGAACGGCGACUACGUUCGUGGGAGCACUCGGCGGUUUUACACUUUUCCACUAAAUCAGCCGUUAACGUCCCUACGGAUGCACCGCGCGCUCCGAUCUACGAUCGAUAAGCGCUCGCGAGAAGCAGCGUCUCAAUUCGACCGUCGUUGUCGUGAUUCUUUCGUUGACGUCGUACGCCUCGCGGAAGAGCGAGAGAGGAAGAUUUCGCGAUGUGCGUGACGGGGAAGACAUACGAGCAAGAAAUGGAUGGGAAAAGUACGUUCGAAUCUUAGCCCGCUCUGCCCCGUAAAUAGCGUUUUGUAACCCCCGUCACGUGAAAUCGAUAUCCCUUAAGAGCCGGUCCGUGAGGUCGUUCGUCAGACCGGUGCUGCCUGUUUCACCCUCCCCCUCGCCCCCUGUGGAAGUGGAAGAGAGAGUGCGCGCUAAGUCUGCGGGGAGUCUGCGGGUGUGGUGGUUGAAGACGGGAACGGGAGGUUGGCUGAAUAAAAGAAGAUGCACAGGAAAAGGCCAACGUUCCUCACCGACAUGGGACUGCUAAUGUUCUUAGCGGUAACAGCCUCUCUGUUGGGUUACUGCCAAACGGACGAAAAAGUGUCGUUUUACGGGGCGAGCUACAUCCAUCUUCCGGUUCAAGAGGCCAAGAAUGCUACUGACAUUAGUUUCCGGUUCCGAACUCAUCUCGCCGAUACUAUACUGCUAUUGGCUGCUGGCAAGACGGAUUACUGCCUGAUCAAACUUGAAGCCGGCAGAUUGAAGGUUCACAUUAAUUUGGGCGCCGGUGAGAAUGAGAUGGCGAGCGCCCGUGGGUUGACACUCAACGACCUCAGCUGGCACGAGGUGAAUUUGACAAGACGCGAGGCCAACAUCAGCUUGCAGAUCGACGUGAUACACACGACGAGGUCCCAACUACCGGGUCGCUUUUUCGAACUGAACAUACACUAUGGCAUCUUCAUCGGCGGACAGGGGGACUUCAACGAGCUAUUUCUAGGUCAUACGGAUUAUCUGCGAGGAUGUAUGGCUGACAUAAUUUAUAACGGCGCCAAAGUUAUAGAGUACGCCAGGUCGAGGAAGGGCCAGUCGGAGGCAACAGCCGUAACGUGGGGCUGCUCGCCGGAAUUCGACGCCACGAGGAGCACGGAAGUCAGCUUUGUCGAGGACGGCGCCUUCGUCGCCAUUCCGCGCCCCAUUCCGCGCUCCGGCUCGAGAUGGGAAUUCGAGCUGAAGACCGGCGCCGACAGUGGCCUGUUGCUCUAUAACACAGGGCAAUCGUCUUACGCGGAUUACCUCGGUAUAGAGCUGUUCGAGGGUAAGAUUCGACUAUUGAUGAAUAAAGGGAACGGCCCGACCGAGUUGACGCACGGCACUCUGGUGGCUGACGGUAAAUGGCAUAGCGUAAUCGUGGAUUUCAAUCCGAGUGGCCUUGGCAUUGCCGUUGAUCAUCACGAGAAAACAAUGGCUCUGCCGUCCGGCGGAAAUCGGUUCCUCGACCUGGCGGACACAUUGUACAUCGGCGGCACGGAGCUGAACAAACGCGCCCGGGCCCUGAGCAAGGGUCUUAGAUCUGGCGACGUGAGUUACAAGGGCUGCAUACGAAACAUGGUCCUCGACAACAAGGACCUCGGUUUACCGGACGUAAAGGUCAGCCAGGGUGUCGUCGUGGGCUGCGUCUGGGGAUAUCCGUGUAUCGAGGCCGAUCCCUGCGUAUCCAGUGCAUCGUGUAUGCAACUGGGUGUCAACUCAUUCAGGUGCAACUGCGACCAGUCACUAUGCAUCAAGCCGAAUUACGCCGAGGACUACAAGAUCUACUCGAAUACCACCCUUCCUGUAAAUUUGGAAAUUCUCUCUCUGAGCCCUCUACUAGUCUCCGAGGGAGAGCACGUGUUAGUAACGAGCGAAAAUAUCGCAAUGGUAUUGGACAUCGCUAAAUACGGCGUGGAAGAAACUGGUGUCACGUUUACCUUAGUGACACCGCCAACCUACGGAACGUUGGCGUUAGACCUUCUAACAUCACGAAACGAUCACUCCUUCACGUUGCAAGACAUCAAUCAGGAUAAGAUACAGUACAUGCAUGACGGUAGCGAAACCACAGAGGACAGCAUGAUUCUGGAAUUGACGUUGGUGGCCGGGACAGGCUAUGCGCUUCCAGGAUACCUCCAAGGACAUCUCAGAUUUCCUCUUCACGUUAAUGUCACUCCUGUCAAUGACCCGCCGUUACUCGAGAUACCGACCGCGAAAGUGCUGCGUCUGGCCCAAGGUACAAGAAAAAUACUGACCAAGGAGUUAAUAUGGGCUAUAGACGCCGACACGCCGUCGGAAAUGCUGAUUUAUACGAUUUUACGAGCAGAUACUGACGCGGGGCAUAUCGAAAGAGUUACUUCUCCGUUUCGACCUAUCGACACGUUCACGCAAGCCGAAUUAAUGCAAGGUCUCAUCGCAUACGUGCAUCGUGGAAAUGCCAAACCAAAUGCAAUGUUGGGUUUGCAAGUGAGCGAUGGCAUCGAGAGUAGUCAGCCCGCGUAUCUACGCGUAUCGGCUUACCCGUUGCAAAUCAAACUGACGCACAAUACCGGCCUCAUUGUGGUACACCGUUCGUUCUCUUACCUAACACCAGCGAAUCUCUCGUUUGCCACAAAUUCGGACGACAACACCAUUGACAUUCGUUACGAUGUCGUCUCGCCACCACAAUUUGGUGUUUUGCAGAGACUAAAGGACGUUUCGAGUAGUUGGACGAAUGUAGACCAUUUUACUAGUCGAGACGUGGAAUUGCACACCAUUCGUUAUGCUCAUAACGUCGGCAGUCCUAAUCAGGAUGAGUUUAAAUUCCAAGCGAGCGUGCGCGAAGUGAAGACACAGCAGACCUACGACUUCCAGAUUACUUUCAUCGAUCUCGAGUUGAAGGAGACCAGAAGAGUACCUAUUAAUCUCACCAAUACGUCAAACAUCACUAUCACGAACAACCACUUGAGGUACCAGACGAAUCCGCUAGUUACAUCACCAAGUAAGAUCGUCUUCACUCUUAUAACGGGACCAAGAUACGGCAAUUUAUUUCUGUUCGAUCGUAAACUUACGACGACUGAUACCUUCACGCAAGAAGAUAUCGAGGCCGAUAGACUGAGCUAUCGUCUGUACAGACGAUCCUAUUCCAAUAUCCUCGACGAAAUAACGUUUAAAGUUAACGCGCCUCAAUGCGUCGAUAUACACGCCAAUUUGAAAGUUCGAUAUUAUCUUGGCAAGAACAGCAAAUCGCUGGAGGGCGUGGAGUAUUUGAAAGUUGACGAAGGCUCGAAGGUGCCUCUGAGAAUCACGCAUGUGAAUCCAAAGGAAUACGGUAUAUCCUCUCUGAUAUACAAUCUUACGAUAAGCCCGAAUCAUGGUUGGCUCUCCAUCGCGAAUAGUUCGAUAUCGCAGAAUCAAAAAAAUGUCUCAUCUUUUACAUUAGAAGAUGUAUUGAUGCAGACGGUAUAUUAUGUGCACGAUGAUACCGAGACAAAAGAGGAUUCUUUCGAGUUUGUGGCAGUGUCCAUGGACUCCGUGGAUUUUAUGUACGUCGGGAAAUUUCGAAUCGAGAUCAUCAUGAAAAACGAUAAUCCGCCAGAACGAACAGUCAACAGAAUUUUUCACGUCGUAUCGAGAGGGGAAAAACUGAUAACAAAUAAGGAUCUCGCGUAUAUGGAUAAGGACAUUGGCACUAAAGCGAGCGAGCUUAUUUAUACCAGAAGGGAUGUCAGGAAAAGUGCGCUGUACAGGAUAACUAAUCUCUCGGUACAAAUACGCGAAUUUUCGCAACAAGAUAUCAACGAUGGUAUGAUACUCUUCCGGCAUCAAGGGGAUGAACACGAGAAAAUUGAAUUCGGCAUCACUGACGGUCACUUUUAUAGGACUGGUGUUCUUGAAAUUCAAGCUAGUCCACCAUACAUUAGAUUACGCGAGAGCAACGGCUCGGUUGUCCAGUUUAACAAGUCCGUGGUGCUUCGAUCAAAAGAAUUGGAGAUAGAAACGAACGUGUAUGCUACAGAGAAGGACGUGAAAUACAAUGUAUGGGAGAAACCGAAGCACGGUAUACUGAUGAAACAUGGUAGAGAGUCGAACAGUUUUACGGAGGAUGAUCUGAAGCACGGUAGUGUACUGUACAAGCACCUAGGUGGAUCCUUAACAAAAGAUACCUUUAGAUUUAAAGUGUUUGUUAAAGGCGCGGAUGCCGAAGGUGCGUUAACGAUCAAAAUUUAUCCAGAGAGCUAUUGGGAAUCUUUGAUUAUUCAAAAUAACAAGACGAUACUGGUCGACGAAGCUACUAGCAUCCUGUUGAAUCGGAAGAGCCUCGACAUAAUGCAUCCUAAGAUAUCGCCAACAGAAAUUGUCUAUUACGUGCGAGAAUGGCCGCAGAAUGGCUACUUGGAGUUGCAAAUUCACGACGAGCAGAUAAGGGAAGGCGAGGAGAUAAGGGAAGAAUACAGCGGUAACGCGGUGAAGCAUUUCGAGCAGAGUCUGAUAAACGACAAUCGCGUCUUCUAUGUUCAAUCGGUGAUGAAUCAAACGAACGAUCGUUUCGUCGUGGACGUUACCAACGGUAUUACGUGGUUACGUGGUCUAAGUGUGAACUUUGUGAUAGUGCCGGAGAAACUUUAUGUCGAGGCGAAGAGUUACACCGUGGUGGAAGGGAAGAGCGUGAUAUUGAGCGAGACGAACUUCUUGGUUGUGACGCCAUAUUACGCCGGCAAGAUAUCGGAUUAUAGAGUAGUAGAAAAACCGAAGCAUGGCACGAUUCUCGAUUCCACGAAGAACAAUCAGGUAAAGAAGUUUUCGCAAAAGCAUCUAAACGCCGGAGUCAUAGUGUACAAGCACAACGGGAACGAAUUUUUGAGCGAUUCCUUCAAGAUGGUAGUCACCGCUGGUGAUAAGAUGAGCGAGCCUUUUGACGUAUCAAUUAUCGUUCAGCCGGUUAACGACGAGGUUCCUGUGCUAGUGAAUAGAACGGAUCUAAAUGUUUGGCAAGGCGGAUCUGUUAUUUUGACGCCGACAAACUUAGCCGCUGUAGAUAACGAUACUGCCCCGUACGAUAUAAUAUUCAACGUUACUGGAGUGAGAAAUGGAUACAUCUCGUUAAUCACUUCACCCGACGUGGACAUUUAUAAUUUUACGCAGAGUCAAAUUAAUGAGUCACAAGUUGUAUUUACGCAUACGAAUGGAUCUGACGGCGAGUUCAUUUUCGUUUUAAGCGAUGGUGUACACACGACGAAGUCUUACACGAUUUUUAUCACCACAAAGCCAAUUCGUCUGAACAUCGAACACAAUAUGCCUCUUAAUGUCUUCCCCCUUACUAGGAAAUUAAUAUCAGACAAACUCUUAUUAACGACAUGUUCCGACGAAGCGAGGGAGAUUAGAUACACUGUGCGAAAUGGGCCCCAUUUAGGCAAAGUUAUAAUGGAGACAAGUGAAGGAGUAUGGCUGGAGGUCGAGCGAUUUACUCAGAGAGAUAUAAACAAUAGCAAAGUGAUUUAUGAGCACACCAAGCAGUUCAUGGACCUUACGGCCAACGACUCUUUCACAUUUGAUGUCGAAACACACUUCGCUGGAACUUUAACAAAUCAGGUUUUCCAAAUAGAUAUAUCAGUUUCAAGCGGUGGCUUAGAUAGGUACAUUACUACGAAAACCGUGAAAGUCAUGGAGGGUGCCUCUGCGGAGGUCGUCAUGAAUAUAAGUGGCAUCGUAUCGUUUCUACAAAUUAACGCCGGAAUCCCGAAUCCAGCGGUAUUAUCAAGAUUAGUUCAUCAACCCAGUCACGGACACGUAAUGCUUCUACCGGAUUUAAACGUGACCACUUUUACGCAACCGCAAGUCGAGGGUGGAAAAAUCGCUUAUUACCACGAUCACUCGGACACUCUGGAAGACCGCAUUCAAUUCUCGCUAUACUUGACACCUGGCCACGUGUUACUUUGUGACACCAGUGUUCCCGUCGUCAUCGAGCCAAUCAACGAUCAGCCUUUCAAACUCAUCACCAACGACCCGUACAUGAUGGUCGUGCAAAAUCAAAAUCAGACGAUCACCCAGGAGAACCUUUUGACCACCGAUCCCGACACUCCACCGGAAGAAAUUACGUACGACGUGAUUUCAGGACCGACAUUCGGCAGAUUAUUGCUUUUGCCGUUCAAUCAAAAUACUUCAGAAGUGCGCCCAGUGGAAAAGUUCACUCAAUACGACGUGGAUUCUAAUCGAGUGGUGUACGAGCACAAUGGAACAUUGCAAACCGCUUCUUUCUACUUCAGGGUCGGGGAUGGUGCCUACACUCCGAUCUAUAGAGUCUUUAAUGUCCAUAUUUUAGCUAUACGAUUGAAUGUGACGGUAACCGGUCCGGUAAGUUUGCAGCAAGGCUCGAAUAUAGCAUUUAUCUCGGAGAACGACGUUAAGCUUGACACAAAUGCGCGUCAAGAUCUAGUGACCUACGAGAUUACAACGCAUCCAAAACACGGCAUAUUAUACGUGCGGGAUAGUGCCGCGGCGACGUUCAAGCAGACCGAUCUACUGUCGAAAAGCGUGAUAUUCAGGCAGACCGACAUGACAGUGUCGAACGAUAGCUUGGAACUGUCGGCGCGAUUGAGUGGUUUCGAGCAAAAGCAUAUACGCAUAGAAAUCAAGGUCGUGCCUCUCAUGAUCAUGAAGUCGAUGACGGCUUUGGCGAGCGAGAAGAAUCGAAUAACUAUACAAUAUCUGGAUGCGACUCCUUUAGCGAAAUUAACGACCAGCAAUCCCGUUUACACCAUCGCGAAAAAGCCAAAAUACGCGAAAAUCAAGAGAAUUAUCAGAAGCUCCUCGGCGUCCGGCGAGAAAAGAGGUGCGCGCGAGCGAGAAGUGGCGCGUUUUUCACAUCAAGAAAUUAUUUCCGGGGUAAUAUAUCUGGUAUGCAGAAAAAUUCCAUCGAUAGACGGUGUCGCGGACAGCUUCAGCUUUAUCCUCGCGGCGUCGACUUUCCAGCCGGCCAUGGGCGACUUCGAAUUUCACAUUAAACUCGACAUAGACGACGACAAUAUCACUUUGGGCGGUCCAAUGGAUCCGGUCGGUCACGAGGGCGAGAUGGCAAUUGCGCCGAACAUGAGCAACGAUUAUCUGUUAAUUCUCGGUAUGUUGCUCGGCGUGUUCCUUCUCGGUGUGGUCGUGAUUAUCACGAUCAGGUGUCGGCACAACAAGUAUAAGCACGCCGAGGAAGAGAAAGCGGAAACCACGCCCGCUGUAGGAGUGAUGCCACUUCCCAGACCUCCGGAUCAUUUGAUGCCGGCCACUCCACAUCUGAAGCCCUUCGGUAAUGAUCACAACAGCGUGACGGCCAGCACGCCUCUACCGAUGCUGCCCUCGACAUUACCUCAGUGUAAAGUGAUACCCUUGAGCCCUCUAGAAAGCGGUUCGGAGAUCGACGUAUCUGCAAGAUAUCCUUAUGGCGUGGCGGACGGCGAUGAAUGGAGUAGCUUCGACACUUCCGAUCUACCUUGCCAGUCGGCCACAACUCAAAGGACCAAGAAAAACCCGUUGCUGAGGAGGGAUCAAUACUGGGUCUAGCAGGAGAGACACACGUUACGGUUUCCGCGAAGAAAGCCGUAGCGUCUCUUGACGUUUAUCGUGCAGAAGUUGAAACUAUCGUGGAUAUCAUGGACUUAAUGUGCCUAAGAAAAGUGAAAUCUGCGACGAAGUUUAUGGAAAUCGUUUGUCCAAGUCCGAGAUCAUCGCGCUGAACACGUAUUGAAUAAUGGUGAAGUGACAUUUGAUGUUUUAAUGGAAAACUGGACGAUCGUCAGCAUUCAUUCACGAUGCAUCCGAUGCAUUUUAAUUAGGAAGAAAGCGAAGAAACUUUUAUAUUACAGGAGAGAUUGAAAAGAAUCGAUGAUCAAUAAUUCGCGAUUCAAGAUAGUUCGCAGUGUCUCGUGUACUAUUAGCCUAAAAUGAUAUAAACAAGAAACCUAGAUCUUCUUGAAUGUCACGACUAUCGCCGCUAUCACGAGCUCAAUGUGCCUAAGAAAUGUCUGACUCUGCUGACAUUCUUUCCAUUAAUAAAAAAAAAAACAGCACGUCGAUUUUUUCGUAUGCCUACACUACGUCUCUUCCUUCCGACGGAUUAAAAUAGACUCGAAUCGUUGAAAGACAGACCGAUUGUUCAAUGAAGCAAGACUCGCAACAAAUUCAAUUCUGGUCUAAGUGAAAAAUCCGUCGGUUUACUGGCUCGUUCUAGAGUGCAGAUUUUUCAGAAAAAAAUUUUAUGUUCCUUUUUAUCCUUCCAUUUUUACACCUUUUGUAAAUCUAGGAUAGUAAGAUCGUUAUAUAUAAAAGUGGCAUUUAUCGAUCCCUAUUGUCGUAAGUUCCAAAAUAAAAUAAAAAAAUCGAAGCAUUAAGAUUUAAAAAAGGCGGAACUUUCGCUCUUAAGCUAUAAACAAAGGAAACAUCGAGUAAACGGGAUAAUACAGAAACUUUGUGAACACUGUAUCGUAAAAUGAUCAAAUAUACGCAAUGUAAUCGAGAAUAUGUAUGUUCCCGUUACCUUGUCACCAAAGAACGCAAACAAAAUGCAUUUAUAUUAACAGCUAUACUCGAGUUUCGACAUAUCUUUUUAUACCGCCGUACUGUACAAGUUCAAAUUUUUAUUUUCCUCCGAUGUAGAUCUCGCAUGCGAUCAUUUCAUUCUAUCGUUACUCUGACUGUUUCGAUAUCGCUUAUAUUGUGCAAGUAAAUGUAAAUUGACAAUUAACAAUUGCCCGGCGAAACGCAGGAAGAUCGAGUCGCUCUUUCUACGGCAUUUAUAAUAACUUGUAUUUUAUUUUUACGUAACGACAGGCAAUGAAUUACGGCUUUUGUUAAAAAUGUACUGUACAGCAGAUAAACAACCCCUUUCGAUUGAUUACGUUAUCAUCUGUAGUUAUCAUCUGUAGUUCGAUUGAUUACGUUAUCAUAUAUAAAAGCGAUUAAUCGUUUUUUUGCGAAUCAUCCUCUUUUUACAUUUUUUCCACGGCUAAUCGAUUACGAUUAUCUUGAAUAGAAUUACGCAGAAUUUACAAAAUACGUAAUUCUCAUCCGUUUUGUUUCUGUGUAAGCUUUAGCGAGCGAUAGACACUGCCAGCGAUAGGCAAUGCCAAAUAUGAUUCUUUGACGUAUUUCAAAUGCGAAUUAGCAGUAACAGUCAAAGUCUAUUAGCUGUUUUUUACACGAGUGAGAGUAGAUCUUUUCUACUACGAAUCGUUGACGCGCGGCGAGUUCGUAAUUCAUAAGCGAUGAACGGGAUUGUGCGUGCGUAAUUUAAUUAUCUGAGAAAAAUUUAUUAAUAGAGGCGUGUUAACGAGUUCGUUGAGUCUUAAGACAAAUUUUACGUUAUGUUACCCUUGAAUUCACGGUAAACUCAAUGAAUCCACUUUUGGCCAACAUCGAAUAAAUACGUUAGUCCAAAAUUUGCUUCAAUUUACAACAAUAAUUGUAUAAUUAAAUUAAAUUAAUACCAUAGAUACAAUUAUUAAGUAAAAGUUAUGCGUUAGUGUCAACAACAAAAAUACAGUGAUGCAGAAUUGACUGCACGAACAAUAUAGAUUAGUUAGACCAAAUAGACAAUAAAAUAUAUAUUUAAAUAAAUUGAUGGAAUUGUUCUUAUGAUACAAGAGAGAUAUUAAAAUAUCUUCAGACAUUAAUAAAAUAAUAUUAAUAACGAUAACAUUUGAAAAAGUAUUUUAAAUUGUCAGAUCUAUUGAUAUUCUUUAUGUUCUGCCUCUCUUAUUCUUAUUUUAGCGCUGCUGGUUAUUCAAAAUUUUUUCUUUUAAAAGAGAAAAAAAACAAUUUUUUUCCAUUUGAACAACAGUCUAUAAUUGCCAUAUAAAAUCACAAUGUGUUGUUAAAAACAAAUCUUGGACAUUUUUGCAGAAAUUCAAACACAUGUCUGGCCAAAAGUGGAUUAAUUAAUUUCCCUAAAAUCUUAGAAGCGUACUUAAUAAAAUAGUUUAAUGUGAAUGUUGAUUAUAGCAAUCAUAAUGAUAUAUACAUAUAUUAUAAUGCGUACGAUAUUUCUAUGUAGAACGUACCGUUCCAUAAAUUUAUAGCAUACGCAUUGAUAGAUUCUAAUUAAAGACAUUUUAUCGAGAGAGUCAAAGAGAGAAAGAGAGAGAAAGAGAGAACCCGUUCGUUGAUUAAUGAAUAUGUUAGAGGCGAAUUGUUAGGCUUUUUUACAUCCACCAAAAGUGAACUGAUCUGAGUGCCAAACUUCUAUAACGUAUAAUAUUAUAAUUAUCAUAGGACUUGUAUUUUCCCUGCCGACUGAAUGCAUUACUCUUCUAAUUCUAAUAAAUUGAAUGUGCGAUGUUAAGUAAA